AUGGCGCCUCUCACUGACGAUGCCGGCGAAACGUUUAGGAAUGUAUCCAGCCAAUGGUCCAAUGCUGGAAAUCGCGAUACUAUGGCAGAGAACACGCGACUAGGUACGUUCCACAAGCGUUUCCCUCAAUACAACAGUGACGAGGCUGUAAAGCGUGUGAUCGCUCGUUUUGACUUUGAGGCAGGUGAUCCGGAUGAAAUGUCAUUCCGCCGCGGCGAGGUGAUUGAAGUGGUGGGGCAAGAAGACGAGAAUUGGUGGCGUGGUCGGAUGCCAGGGGGUCGAACCGGCCUCUUUCCCGCUAAUUACGUCGACCAUUUGCCUUCUGUUCUCUAA